GGAGCAGUCAGUCUCUGUCUUCAUUCCACUCUUUGGCCAGACUGAGAAGACAUCAAAGGACCAGGAGUCUUUGGUCAGAGAAACACUGACAUCUCUCUGCUUUCUGUGAGCCAGCUCUGCACAUGUAGGUGCCAGGUCACCUUGUAGAGCCCAAAGCCUAGAACCAGAGGAAAUGGCCCCUGAUACACAGAGACUCUCAUCCCAGGAGUUGGUGACCUUCAAGGUUGUGGUUGUGGACUUCACUGAGGAGGAGUGGUGCCUCUUGGACCAUUCUCAGAAAAAGCUGUACAAGGAGGUCAUGCUAGAGAAUAUCCAGAAUCUGCUGUCCCUGGAUGUUGAGGCCAAGUUCGAAGUAAAUGAGAUGCCUAGAAAGCUGGGCGUUUUUGUGGAAGGAUGUGACCGGCAAAGAUUCAUGAGCGAUGCUCCCUGGGACUUCAUUUUCAGAGAAAUUCAUGACUUUUUUAUGAAGAUAGAUAAAAACCCGAAGAGUGACUGUGAAUUGGAUGAAAUUGAAAAGAGAUUCAGACAGUCUUAUAUCCUAAAUCACUGUUCCUGUAAUGCAAAUGGGUCCAGGUAA